AUGUCUCGCCCAGAUUCUUCGCUGGCCGGCAGCGAGAAAGAAAGGAACGCGCAGCUGGAUCACCCCAAUUCUGAUCAAUCCACAACCGAGACGAAGUUUUCCGACAACAACAAUCAUACCGAUGAGAACAAGAAACAAGAUGUCGAAGGAAGAAUACCAACCAGUGCCGCCUCCGCUACCGUGGCGACCGCAGAGCACGAACUAUACGAACCGUACGAUAACGGCUACCACUUCCCACCCGCACACACGAAAUCGCAGUCCAUGAAGAUUGGCGCAAAGGCAUUCUGGAACUACACAUGCACGCCCCUCGGCUUUUUCGUCGUUCUUUACGGCUUGAACGUCGUUGCCUGGGGUGGAAUGCUGUUUCUGCUACUUUGCAAUGCAUCCCCGGCCAUGUGCUAUCCGACAUGCAACGAUAUCAACUCUCCCCGGCGCAAAUGGAUUGAAUGGGAUUCCCAGAUUUUGAACGCUCUGUUCUGCGUAACAGGUUUCGGAUUGGCACCAUGGAGAUUCCGCGACUUGUACUUCUUGAUGCAAUACCGCAUCCUGAAGAAACCUGAGGCUCUUGGCCGGCUUGCAGGCAUUCAUCGCGGAUGGUUCCGCCUGCCUGGUUCUGACCAACUCCCAGUCCACAUUGGCCCCGAGAACGUCACUGAACUGGCAAACGAGCAUCCAGUGUUGCACAUCCCGCACCCCGAGAAAGCUAUUCCAAACGCGCCCCUCACUGGUGUUCGAGCACCCCCAACGGCAAUCUGGAAAAUGGACUUCGUCAUCUGGUUCAACGUGUGGAACACGUUUUUGCAGUGCGUUCUCUCAGGCUUCAUGUGGGGAAUGAACAGAUUCGAUCGACCCAGCUGGUCCACCGGUCUCUUCGUUGCGCUCGCCUGUUUGGCGGCUGCCAUAGGAGGCUUGAUGAUGUUCUUUGAGGGUAAGAAAGUGAAGAGCAUUGAAGGCGUGCCGCUCAGCAAAGAAGACGAGGAGCGUCUGUCAAAAGAUAAGGAAAUGGGGGUCCACCAUUACAACAACAUCAAGGACAAGAAGCCCAAGGAAGAGAAGUAG